AUGUUCACGCAUUAUAUUGUCUGCUCCAACCCCCGAUUGGCGACAGGAUCCCUUGAGCCUGGCAAUAAGGCUGGAUCAGCCAAUCGAUACCCACAUACGAGGUACGGUGCUCGAGAGGCAAGUUGCCACCAACGCAACCUUGCACAAAUAUCGGCUCACCAGGAUAGACUGGGGAAUCGUUGUUUAAAAGGUCACAAUGCCUGCCACACCGGCGUUCGCGCAGAGCGAACCGGCGAAUCCGGUCGCAGCUGGCUGUGUGCCGAAUCCCGGCGGCUGGUUUUUCGACGGCCCACGACUGCCACAAUCCGGUCAGGUUCAAUCCGGUCCCAUCCGAUCCGUCCUCUCGUCCCACGAGGACAGGCCAGUAGGCACCACGGGCCGGGCCUACAGACAGGCAGACAAAUGGACAUAUGGACAGAUUUACAGGAUGGAGGAAUUGAGUGCGCAAGCCGGAGACCGAGAGUGAGAGAGCAAACUCUAACGCUGCGCCCCCCAGAGCCGGGAACUUGGCUUGCUUCAGCCUGGCCCGCGCCUCCUCGGGCCGUCCCGACCUCAGGUCUUACGAGUCUGGCCUAUUGUCGGGCGCACACGUCUCUGAGGCAGACGCAUGCGCCACUCAUGCUAAACCAUCAAUCAGCACAGCACCCGGUAGACCGAGCGUCUAUCGACUCUGGCUCACCUACUCCCACGAUCCGCCCAACCGGGUUGGCUGAACUGAGCCAGUUCGCUCUUAUUAGUUCAUUCGCCUCGAAAAGUGUAACCUACCAUUGCCACCACCGCCACCGGCACCGCCACCGGCAUCGCCACCCACGACACAACUGCCCCAUGUUUUUCUCGCACAGAUCCGCUUGA